AUGACUGACUCUGGCCUUCAGGUUCGAUACGCCGCCACUGAGAUUGCGCCCGCGAAGUCGGCUCGCGCCCGCGGUGCCUACCUUCGUGUUUCCUUCAAGAACACCCGCGAGACCGCCCAGGCCAUCAACGGCUGGAAGUUGGUUCGCGCCGUCAAGUUCCUCGAGAAUGUCCAGACCAAGACCGAGGCUGUCCCCAUGCGUCGCUACGCCGGAAGCACUGGACGCACCGCCCAAGGCAAGCAGUUCGGUGUCUCCCGUGCUCGAUGGCCCGUAAAGUCAGCCGAGUUCCUGCUCGGUCUCCUCAAGAAUGCCGAGUCCAAUGCCGAUGCCAAGGGUCUCGAUACCAGCAACUUGAUCAUCAAGCACAUCCAGGUCAACCAGGCCCCCAAGCAGCGCCGCCGAACUUACCGUGCCCACGGUCGUAUUAACCCGUACAUGUCGAACCCCUGCCACAUCGAAUUGAUUUUGACCGAGGGCGAGGAGGUCGUACAGAAGUCCGAGGAUGUUGCUGGCCGUGACGCACACUUGAGCUCAAGACAACGUGGCGCCGCCCGCCGCAAGGCCAUCACUGCUGCGUAA